AUGAAUCCAGCGACGCCUUUGGAGCUUGUAGAAGCUGAUACAGCUGUAGCAGCAUCAGCCGCUGCUAAACCAGUGGUUCCUGACAAGGCAGUUCCUGUUGCAGUCGUAACGGUAGAGGUUGGUGGAAGUGGCAGCAAGGAGGUGGCAGCAGCUGAGGAGGGAGAAACCAUUGGGGCAGCAGCAUCAGUCGUUGGCGAACCAAAGCAUACUGACCUGGCGGGCGUAAGUGCUGCGGAAAAGGCAGUGCCAGUGGAGGUCGCUCCAGCGGAGGUUAGUGGAAGCGGAAGCAAGGAGGUGGCAGCAGCCGAGCAGGGAGCAACCAUUGCAGCAGCAGCAACAGCCGCCGGCGAACCAGCGGUUACUGGCAUGGCUGCUGAAACCUCUGCAGAUAAGGCAGUUCCAGUGGAGGUUGCUCCGGCGGAGGCUGAUGGAGGCAAGCAGGUGGCAGCGGCUGAGGAGAGAGCGCCCAUUACGGCAACACCAUCAGCACCAAGACAUGACUUUUUCCUGCCCGCGCUGGAAAGGAGAAAGCGCAAACAAGCAGAGAAGAAACAGCAGCAGCAGCAGCAGCAAGAAGAGCAGAUGCAGCAGCAGCAGCGGGUGGGUGAGGUGAAACGUAAGCGGGGUCGACCCAAGAAAGGAGGGAAACAGAUGGAGGCGGUCGAGGGUACCACGGUAGCAGAGGCGUAUCCUGCAGUGGCUGGUGACGUGUCAGCCGCUGACAUGUCAGCCACCCCUGUAGCUGACGUGUCACCCGCUCUUGCAGCUGAUAUGUCAGUCGCCCCUCCAGCUGACGUGUCACCCGCCCCUGCAGCUGACGUGUCACCCGCUCAUUCGACACCCGUCGUCGCGUCCAUGUCCUCUGUGGGCUCGCCCGUAGGCGUUGGUGUUGGGAGGAAGCGUGUGAGCGUUAUGGAGGAGUUGAGUGCGAUGGAGGAGGAUGGGGAAGACACUCGGCAACAGGUGCAACAAAAGGAGCGCGAAGAGGUGAAAGGGAAUGAGAAAAAGGGGACGGUGAAGGAGAAGGAGGAGCGAGUGGUUGAUUUCAGCAGGGAAGGGACAGUCGACGUGGUCGGGGCUGAAACUAGGCCGUGCGGCAAAGGGGACGAUGAGAAUGGGGAUGCUGCAGAGCAGACUUUUGGGGCUGCCGAAGCUGCUGCUACCAUUGGAAUUUCUCCCGCCGUCACAGUUGCUGGUGCUGCUGCUGGUGUCACUACACCCGGACCAGCAGCACAGCCGGCCCUAUCACACCAGGCACAGCUCGCUUCACCAGUGGAAACUCAACCGACUGCUGCAACAGAGACGCUUGGCAAAGCAGCUGCGGUUUCUGGUGGGUGUGGGCCGGUUCAGGCUGCUCCAGUGGAGGAAGCAGUAGCACAGCCACCCUCAGUAGACCAGGCACAGCUCGCUUCACCAGGCCCAGUGGAACCUCAACCGCCUGCUGCAGCAGAGGCGCUUCGCGAAGCGGCAGCAGUUUCUGGUGGGCCAGUUCAGGCUGCUCCGGUUGAAGCAGCUCAACCAGCCCUGGUUCACCCGGCACAGCUCGCUCCGCUGGUGGAAUCUCAGCAUCCUGCUGUAGCAGAGGCGCUUGGCGGGGUGGGGACGUCCCGUUAUGGUCGGAGGCUGAAGCAGAGGUGUCUUUUCCAGCCAAAUGCCUUGCAGGAACGGCCAAGGACACGCGGAAAGCCUGCUGCUGAAGGGCACCCCACUGCUGCAACGACUCAGAAGGCUACAGCGACUCAAAAGGCCACACGCGAAAGUUUGAAAGGAAUGCGUCACAGUGAGAACAGAGGGCCUGUUUCCAGAGGAGGGAAGCGGCUGCAGCAGAUGAUGCUAGGGAUCCGGUUUGUGCCCGUGGGUGGUGAGUUUGAUAGGGGGGGAGCGGUGGUGCUACCUGUGUACUUGUGUGAUACAAAUGAAGCUGGUUAUGCUGGUGAGGGGUUGGCGGAGCAUGAUAAUAACGAAGGUGAUAAAACUUGUGCGGAGGUGGUAAAGGGUGAUACAAAAGAGGGUGGUAAAGCUUGUGAGGAUGUGGAUUUGACGGUGUCAGGGGAUGAAGGGUGUGUAAGAAGGGUGAAACGAGAGGUUGAUAUUCAGGAGGUUGAGGAAGAUUCAAGGAAAGAGGCAUUGCAGGGAGAGGGGGCUAAGGAUGAAGCAGAGGGGAAGGAUGGGGAGGUGGGAAAGGAGGACGAGGUGGGGAAGGAAGAAGAGGUGGGAAAGGAAGGGGAGGACUCGGAUGAUGAUGUGCAAGUAAUGGAAGAGGAAGCAGAAGAGGAAGAGGAGGCAGAGGAGGAGGAAGAAGAAGAGGACGAGGAAGAAGAGGAAGAGGAGAGCAUGGAGGCUAAGGUGGAGAGGGAGAAGGCACGGAUGCGAGAAGAGGCGCACAAGACAGCUCAGGUGGGUGGAAGAUUGUGUGAGCGUUGGCUCAGCUCUGCUCGUGUGGAUGGGUCUGGUCAUGUUGACGGGCCAGGGGGGGUUGGCACCCCAGGGGGAUUAACCAGUGGUAGGGAUGGGGUUCUUGGUGGCUUCGGGGGAGGUGUUACUGGGAGAGGGGCAGCAGUUGGGGCAGGUGGGAAGGCUGCUGGUAAUGGGGGGUUCUUUGGCAGAGGGGACGAAGGAGGGACAGGACCAGCAGCAGCAGCAGCAGCAGCAGCAGCAGCAGCAGCAGCAGCAGCAGCAGCAGCAGCAGCAGCAGCAGCAGCAGCAGCAGCAGCAGCAGCAGCAGCAGCAGCAGCAGCAGCAGCAGCAGCAGCAGCAGCAGCAGCAGCAGCAGCAGCAGCAGCAGCAGCAGCAGCAGCAGCAGCAGCAGCAGCAGCAGCAGCAGCAGCAGCAGCAGCAGCAGCAGCAGCAGCAGCAGCAGCAGCAGCAGCAGCAGCAGCAGCAGCAGCAGCAGCAGCAGCAGCAGCAGCAGCAGCAGCAGCAGCAGCAGCAGCAGCAGCAGCAGCAGCAGCAGCAGCAGCAGCAGCAGCAGCAGCAGCAGCAGCAGCAGCAGCAGCAGCAGCAGCAGCAGCAGCAGCAGCAGCAGCAGCAGCAGCAGCAGCAGCAGCAGCAGCAGCAGCAGCAGCAGCAGCAGCAGCAGCAGCAGCAGCAGCAGCAGCAGCAGCAGCAGCAGCAGCAGCAGCAGCAGCAGCAGCAGCAGCAGCAGCAGCAGCAGCAGCAGCAGCAGCAGCAGCAGCAGCAGCAGCAGCAGCAGCAGCAGCAGCAGCAGCAGCAGCAGCAGCAGCAGCAGCAGCAGCAGCAGCAGCAGCAGCAGCAGCAGCAGCAGCAGCAGCAGCAGCAGCAGCAGCAGCAGCAGCAGCAGCAGCAGCAGCAGCAGCAGCAGCAGCAGCAGCAGCAGCAGCAGCAGCAGCAGCAGCAGCAGCAGCAGCAGCAGCAGCAGCAGCAGCAGCAGCAGCAGCAGCAGCAGCAGCAGCAGCAGCAGCAGCAGCAGCAGCAGCAGCAGCAGCAGCAGCAGCAGCAGCAGCAGCAGCAGCAGCAGCAGCAGCAGCAGCAGCAGCAGCAGCAGCAGCAGCAGCAGCAGCAGCAGCAGCAGCAGCAGCAGCAGCAGCAGCAGCAGCAGCAGCAGCAGCAGCAGCAGCAGCAGCAGCAGCAGCAGCAGCAGCAGCAGCAGCAGCAGCAGCAGCAGCAGCAGCAGCAGCAGCAGCAGCAGCAGCAGCAGCAGCAGCAGCAGCAGCAGCAGCAGCAGCAGCAGCAGCAGCAUCAGCAGCAGCAGCAGCAGCAGCAGCAGCAGCAGCAGCAGCAGGCAGAAGCAGCAGCAGCAGCAGGCAGUCAGCAGCAGCAGCAGCAGCAGCAGCAGCAGCAGCAGCAGCAGCAGGCAGCAGCAGCAGCAGCAGCAGCAGCAGCAGCAAGCAGCAGCAGCAGCAGCAGCAGCAGCAGCAGCAGCAGCAGCAGCAGAGCAGCAGCAGCAGCAGCAGCAGCAGCAGCAGCAGCAGCAGCAGCAGCAGCAGCAUCAGCAGCAGCAGCAGCAGCAGCAGCAGCAGCAGGCAGCAGCAGCAGCAGCAGCGCAGCAGCAGCAGCAGCAGCAGCAGGCAGCAGCAGCAGCAGCAGCAGCAGCAGCAGCAGCAGCAGGCAGCAGCAGCAGCAUCAGCAGCAGCAGCAGGCAGCAGCAGCAAGCAGCAGCAGCAGCAGCAGCAGCAGCAGCAGCAGCAGCAGCAGCAGGCAGCAGCAGCAGCAGCAGCAGCAGCAGCAGCAUUCAGGGCAGGCAGCAGCAGCAGCAGCAGCCGCAGCAGCAGCAGCAGCAGCAGCAGCAGCAGCAGCAGCAGCAGCAGCAGCAGCAGCAGCAGCAGCAGCAGCAGCAGCAGCAGCAGCAGCAGCAGCAGCAGCAGCAGCAGCAGCAGCAGCAGCAGCAGCAGCAGCAGCAGCAGCAGCAGCAGCAGCAGCAGCAGCAGCAGCAGCAGCAGCAGCAGCAGCAGCAGUAUUAAUGUUCCAAGAGGGAAAGGAGAGGUAAAAGGGGAGGAGACAAGGCGGGGGCGGGAGGGGACGGAGGGAGGAUUUGGGGAGAAGAUAGAGCAACAGCAGGGAGCAGCUUCUAUUGCUGGAUGCUCAGCAGCAGCACAGGGUGCAGCAGGGCAUGCAGCAGUUGAUACAGCAGUUAAUGCUGCAGUUGAUACGGACGCUGAUACGGCAGUUGAUAUAGCAGUUGAUACUCCAGUUGACACAGCAAAGGGUACAGAAGGGAAGGCAGGUGCAGCAGUAGGUGCUGCCACAGGUGCUGCCACAGGUGCUGCCACAGGUGCUGCCACAGGUUCUGCCACAGAAGCAGCAGCUGUGGUGGCUGUGGUGGGGGGAUCCAAAUUAGAAGUAACAGAAGGAGCAGGAGGAGCAACAGAAGCAGUAGGAGCAGCGAGUGACCUGUGGUCGCGCCAUUACCAGCCCAAGAGCCCUGCAGAGAGCGGCAAGACAGCAGCUGCAUACGCCUGUGCAUCAGCUCUCGGCUUCCAAGUCAUGGAGGUCAACGCAUCUGACGCUCUUGACGGAGCGCUGCUUCAUGCCAAACAGCCUCCCUCUCUUCCCUCUUUCCUUUCCUUUCCUUCCGUUUCAGAGCGGCAAGACAGCAGCGGCAUACGCCUGUGCAUCAUCCCUGGGUUUCCAAGUCGUGGAGGUCAAUGCCUCUGUUUCCAGGCCCUCAAGCCGUUAACCUUUCACACCUCUCUCCCCUUCCCUUGUUCAUCAGAGCGGCAAGACAGCAGCGGCAUACGCUUGUGCAGCAUCUCUCGGUUUUCAAGUCGUGGAGGUCAACGCUUCUGA